GACGUAAAUAAGAAGCGACGGUGAGCAGGCCUACGAUAUCAAUACACAAAAAUAGGACGGGGGAGAAAUAAGGUUUUGUUGUUUUUGGUUAAAUAAAUCCGUUUGAUUCAACGCAAUGCCGAAAGUGAAAAGGAGCAGGAAACCACCUCCGGAUGGCUGGGAGUUGAUUGAACCGACAUUGGACGAAUUAGACCAAAAAAUGAGAGAAGCCGAGACGGAGCCUCACGAGGGAAAGCGGAAGGUGGAGUCCCUGUGGCCGAUAUUCAGACUGCAUCAUCAGAGGAGCAGAUAUAUCUUCGACUUGUUCUACAAGAGGAAGGCCAUCAGCAGAGAGCUGUAUGACUACUGUAUUAAGGAGAGUUAUGCUGAUAAGAACCUGAUCGCUAAGUGGAAGAAACAGGGAUACGAGAACCUGUGCUGCCUUCGCUGCAUCCAGACACGAGACACCAACUUUGGAACCAACUGCAUCUGUCGAGUUCCCAAGAGCAAACUGGAGGUGGGGAGGAUUAUAGAGUGCACCCACUGUGGCUGCCGUGGCUGCUCGGGCUGAAUCGUCAGGAUCAUCGCCUGGCUGUUCUACUCUGGCUCGUCUAGUCAGGUCUGGAUCGCCUGGCUGUUCUACUCUGGCUCGUCUAGUCAGGUCUGGAUCGCCUGGCUGUUCUACUCUGGCUCGUCUAGUCAGGUCUGGAUCGCCUGGCUGUUCUACUCUGGCUCGUCUAGUCAGGUCUGGAUCGCAUGGCUGUUCUACUCUGGCUCGUCUAGUCCGGUCUGGAUCGCCUGGCUGUUUUGCUGUGGGGAUCGUCUAGCCUGGCCUGGCUGUUCUGGAUCGCCAGUUAUUUUCUACGGGACAUCAGGGCUCAUCUACUCCACCUGUGUGCUUCAUUACCCUGGAGCGUCUAAUCUCAAAUACACCCCUACUCUCUAGCCCCCUACUCUCUAGC